UAAUUGGAAAAACUCCCUUAUACACUCCUUCCAGGGUGUAGGAAAAAGGAGGUGUGACAGUCGUUGUUCCCACAUUACGAUUUAAUCACAGAUGGCUCCUAAAGCACCUAAAGAUCCUAAUGCAGCUAAAGUAGGCAAAGCACCUAAAGCACCUAGACAACCUAUAAUACCCCCAGGUCCUUAUGUCCCUACUCCUCCACCUACAAGACCAGGGCAAAGAUAUUUUGAGUUUGGAGAUUGGUUUAACUCUAAGGGUUACUGGAAGGGGAACCAUGAUUUGAAGAAAUUAAUUGCAACUUUCUUGACUCCUACACAACGGGAUAAGCUUAAUAAUAGUACAUUUUGAUACAUUAUGGCUAUGGAGAAUUUCAAAUGCAGCAUGAAGUUGGUUCAUUGUCUGUGUCUUUCUCGAAUAUUCAUGAAUGAUCGAGACUCCAUUAGUUUCAAGAUUUUUGGCCAUGAUGUUUCCUUCACCCUUGAAGACUUUCACAUUAUGUGUGGUUUGCGGAUCACAGUACAUAAUGUUGAAAAACCAAUUAAUCGAGAGAGCAAUAUUCUGAAGCGCUAUUUUGGUAAAUCCAAGGGUGUGACUUUGAAGGACAUUCGAAGUUUUAUGACUCGCAAUGAAAUUCCAAAGAAUGUUGUGAAUCACGUACACGUAUGCGAGAGUGAUGAUGAUGCUGUUAAGCUUAUGAAAAUUCUUGUUAUAGAGUUUAUUUUGUUUGGGAAAAAUACCGAGUCUUCUAUGAUGGAGGAGUAUGAAUCUAUUGUUGAAGAUGAUAAGGUUUGUGUUGAAUAUCCUUGGGGUAAUGUGGCUUAUGAGAAGCUCAUUUAUUCACUGAAACAUGCAUUGGACAAGCAGAACAAAUUACAUACAACUGAGUAUAAACUUGGUGGAUUUCCAUAUCCGUUAUGUGCUUGGUUCUAUGAGCGCUUUCCAGAUGUUCGGGAGAAGUAUAUAAUAGAGGAUGAGUACCUUGAUACCCCUCAGGUCCCCAGGAUGUUACGUUAUGUAUGUGUGGGAGAGCCUAAAUUUCCCGAACUUUAUCAUAUGUUCAGUACUCACGAAAGAUAUUGCGACUUUAGGGUAUUGGAUAUAAUUCCUACAGAAGAGGAAUUGAAUUCAAUGCCUUUAAUUGGACAAUUACCAUGCAACCAGAUUAGUUCAAAGGUAGUUAAUGCAGUUCCUUCAAUUGGUGAAUCACCGCGUACUCUGAGUCGAUCAAAAGAAGCGAAUCAAACUCCUAUCAUUGGUAAAUCACCAUGUACUCUGAGUCGAUCAAAAGAAGCGAAUCGAACUCAUGUCAUUGGUGAAGCACCACGUAGUCGGAAUCGAUCAAAAGAACCGAAUCGAACUCCUUUUAUUGGCGAAUCAUCUCGUACCCAGAGUCGUUCUACCUGUUCUACAUCUUACUUUGAUGACAAUGAAUUACUUGAGACAAUAUGUUAUAGGUUAACGACGGAGGUUCAAAGGCAUGCAGAAAAAGAAAGAAGCACGAUCGUGAACGAAGUUUUCGAUAAGUUUAAAAAGGAGGAUUGAUCUGCUAUUGUGGAUGCAGUUUUUGUAAAAGUGAAGGAAUAUUUCGAUGAGAAGUUUGAACAGUUGUUUACGAUUGUCAACAAAUCAAAUGGAAUGGACGAGAGAAAUUUUGAUUUGAGUAACCAUCGAGAAUAUGAUAGGAUGAACGACUGUUACGAACAUCCAUCGGCUUUUGAAGGCGAUCAACAUGUUCAAGAACAAGUUGAAGAGGAAUGUUCCAGUGCUGAUAGAUUGAGCAGAGAUGGAAAUGAUAAAGCACAGUUAUCAACUGAGAAUAUUGGAAGUAAUCAAGUUGUUGUGACUGAAGAACAUAUUGCUCGUGAUGCAUUGCGUAAAGUCGUAGAUGAUAAUGCUACACAUAAGGAAGCGACUGUUGAAGGCGAUGAACAUGUUCAACAACAAGGUGGAGAGGAACAAUCCAGUGUUUGUAGACAGAGUAAAGAUGGAAAUGAUGAAGAGUUAACAAUUGAGAAAGGUGCAGAUGAUCAAGUUGUUGGCACUGAAAAACAUGCACCGAGUGUGCUUUGGAAAGUGAUAUUGGAAAAGGCAAUUUGUUUGGCGAUGGAGAUCAAGCACCUGUUUGUACUUUAGAAGUGAAAGCGAGUGAUGUGUCUAGCACUAUUGGGAAAGACGAUCGGUAUGCAGGAUUACUAGCUAUUUACAAAGAACUUCUAGGUGGUGAUACACAGGAAAUUGUUACUACAGGUAGAGUUGAGAAAAACCUUCCAGAGAAUAAUCCAAUGUUCCUCGAUGUUGGUUCACAAUUGACUGAAGCUGGAAAUGCUGAUAUCGACAAAGGCAUGUAGCCUGGGGAAACCACAGUAGAAGACAAAUGUCAAGAAAGACUCAAGGCAGCUCAAAAAGAAUUUGGUGAGCUUAUACAACUAUAUGAAAAAGGAGAAAUACAUAUAUUCACACUUGUUGCCUCACAGAUGGGUGUGAAGUGUAUUG